AGACUCAAAUGGCAAUUAUUUAUCAGUAUUGGAAUAUGCCAACGAAGGAAGUUUAAGGGAUUAUUUGAAAAUCAAUAAAUUGGAAUGGUAUGACAAAUUACAAAUAGCACUUGAUAUUACUCGUGGAUUAAUGUGCUUACAUUCCAAAAAAAUAACUCAUGCAUGCGCGCAACGUAUUGGUUAAUAAUGGUAUAAUAAUAAUAACGGAUUUAAGAUUACUCAGACAAACGGUGGAACUUACAUCCGAAAAUAUAGCUUAUGUUGAGCCUCAGUAUCUUCGUAAUCCAAGUUAUGAACUAGAUAUGAAAUCUGAUAUUUAUAGCUUAGGCGUUCUUUUAUGGGAAUUGUCGAGUGGUCGUUUUCCCCUUUUUGAGUAUAUACAAAAGGAAUUUGAUUUAGCUCAAGUAAAGAAUAAACUUAUAAAUGGUGAGAGAGAGAAACCAAUUAUUUUUAUACCUUCGGAAUAUUUACAACUUUAUCAAAAGUGCUGGCAGGAUGAUCCCAAUAUGAGACAUGAAAUUAAUGAAGUUUACGAAAUUUUAUCUCGAAUAAAAUUACAGUUAUCUCAAUUAUCUUCAUUUACUAGUGAACAACCAUCACCAUCACAUGCUGCAAAAAUUACUCUGGAAUUAUUUAAUUGUUCAACGCAACAAAUAAUUAAACAAUUCAAGUUGAAUCAUGGUUUAGUUUUAAAUGGAGAACCAAGCGUACAAGCAGUUAUUGCUGAGGACGGAGAAUUAGAAGUGAAUUUAUAUAAAGGACAACCUUUAGUAUACACAUAUGUUAAUUUUAAAAAUACCAGUUUAGACACAUGCAUUAAUUUUCCAGUUGCCGAAAUCAUUUAUAAGGGCAAUUUGUUAGAAUCCUUUAUAGAAUGUACAAAUGAUAAAAAGAAAUUACAUAAAUUGCAUGGUGAUUUUCUUGCAAGAAGAUUCUUAGCUGGGGAUCGAUUAUUUAUUGAGAAUUUUAAAUUAGCAACUACGGUACAAGCCAAUAUUUUAAAGUUUUAUUUGCUCUGUGUAUAUAAUUCAGUUAAAUAUUCAACAGAAAUCCAAUUUAGCGAAUUAGUCACUCUGGAUCUUUUACCAAAAUUAGUAACAUCGGAUGGGAAAAAAUUAAAUACCCGUGAAGAAUUGACCAAUUGGAUGAAUAAUUUGAAUAGUAACAAAAUAGUUAAUAUAAUUUCUUAUGAUGACCUCAUCCUCAUUUCUCGAUUGAAACACAAUACAUCAUUGGUAGAUGAAAGCCUUGAAACUCUUAAAGAAAAGCAACCUGGAAUCGCUAAUUUUAGAGAAAAAUUGAGCUUAGAAGAGUGGGUUGGAGAUGCUGUGAAUGAUAAUUUAAUGAGUUGGACCAGAGAUUUUAAUCUUUUUCGGGGAUUAAUAAUUAAUAAAAAUGACAAAAUAAAAAUUAGCAGGAAAAUUCCUAUUAACAUUGUUAAAAUUCCUGAAGUCAAUCAUUGUAAUAAAUCUUAUUUGAAAAUUAUUAAGCCGUCAACAAAUUUUGAGCUUGCUUUAGUCUCCAAUAAUAUUUUUCCAAAUGAACAUCCCAGCAUUUUCCCACCUAUUAAAAAUAAUGCUAACGAUUGUGAGCUUCCACUUAUUGAAAAUAAUGUUAAUAAUCAUGAGCCUUCUACUUUUCCACUUAUUGAAAAUAAUGUUAAUAAUUUUGAGCUUUCUACUCUUCCACUUAUUAAAAGUAAUAUUAAUAAUCAUGAGCUUUCUUCUCUUCCACUUAUUAAAAGUAAUGUUAAUGAUGAGCCUUCUGUUCGUCCACUCGUUAAAAGUGAUGCUAAAAAUUAUGGGCUUUCCACUUUUCCACUUGUUAAAAAUAAUGUUAAUAAUUAUGAGGGGUAUGAUCAUGUUAUAGUCAAAUCUGAGAAAUAUGAAAUUCUCUUAAAUAUGGAUAAUGUAAAACCUACAAAAAUAUUUGAGCAAGUUAUAGAGGAAGCUCUCAAUAGUAUGAAACCAUUGAAAGCUUUACAAGAUGUAUUUAAUGAAUACGGUCAUCUAUUUUCACAAAGAAUUAUCUUGGGAGGGUCUCUUAGAAAUAUUUUACCAAAUCUCUCUUCAUCUGAUGAUGUUGAUGAUGUCGAUGAUAUUGAUGAAAUGCUUGAAUCAUUAAAUAGUUUGGAUAUUUCACGUCUUUUAACACGAAAGGGAAGAAUUAUUGAAACAAAUGAUUUACAUGAUUGGAUUCAAAAUACGAAUAAUCAUUUGGAAAUUACUAAAUUCGACAAUAUCAUUCCUCUCUAUAAAAUUCUUAAAGAAAAUCAACAAAGAAAAAUAAAUGAUAUAUUAAUAAAUAAUUACAAAAUUAUAAUAACGGGAAUUACUGAUUUAACUGGCUUAAAUAAUGAUAAUGAUGAGAACUACAAACGCAUAAAUUUUGGAUUAUCGUUAGAAAGUGAAGAUUAUGAAGUAUUUGGAUUAAUCAUUUCAGGGACUAAUACAAAAUUAGAAGAAAUUUAUAUUAAUUUCGGAUUAUAUGACUUCAAUGGAUUUUAUGCAAUAAUAAAAAAAUUAGAAGAAACAAGUAUUGAUAUAACAAAAUGUUAUGUUUCAUGGGUUGUUAUUGGAAACCCCUCCCAGGUAUCUGUAUUUAGUCCAAAUAAUCGAGAAUUGCAGGUUGAUUAUAUUAAAAAAUCUAUUAAAUUGCAACCUAAUGAGUUUAACUAUGAUCCUAUUGAAACUUCCUUUACUUUACACAAAGGAUAUACUUUUUUCGCGCAUGCAAAUCAUUCGUCAGUAAGUUAUGAAAAUAAUAAUAUUGUUAAGUUAGUUGAAUGGAAAGAAAGAUCUAUUAACGUUCAAAUUGAAUCAGCUUGUAAAAUUCAAUCAAAUGCAAGUUCGUCUAAUAGUGAUUCCGAUCAUGAAGAUAAUGCUUGUGUAACAAAUGAAGUAGAUUUACGCAUAUGUAUUCUAUCAACAAAUUACAAAAGUUUGAAAGUUGAUAAUGCCAAAGAAAGGGAAUGUCCUUUAGAUCUAAUAGGACAUAUUUUAAGUGAGAAAAAUUUCAAUAGAAAUUUAUUUAAUGAAAGCAAUAAAAAUGAAGUUUCCGUUAAUAUUCGAAAUGAUGAUUCUAUUACAAGUCAAUCACUUCUUGAACCAAAUGAUAAAGUAUUUAUUAAAGCAACCAGUCAACAAAUAGUAAACAAGAAUUUAAGUCACGGGGAACCUUAUUAUAAUGUUAAUAAUGGAAGUGGGGUGUCACCUUCAUUACAAGAUUAUCAAAAUGGAUCUUUUAUUCACGAGGAUUGUGAUGGAAAGUUCCAAAGCGACUUAUAUCAAAGUACUAAACAAAACAUUCUCCCAAAUAUACCACAAGAUAAAGAACUACCACCAAUACCUAAUACAAUCUAUCCUAACACACGCACAAUUAACAACGACAAUUCAAAUUCAUUAUCAUCAUAUAUAUGUAAUAGAUAUGAAUUAAUUUCUCCAAUAUCAAAGUCAAAGCAUAAUAAAGUAUAUCUGGGUCGACAUAUAGUCACCUCAGAUAAAAUAGUAGUUAAAUUUUAUAAAUCUCGUUCAAGGUGGGAAAAUGAAAUUCAUUUUUUGAAAGCUCUUACGUCGAAAUACACCGUAAAGUUGGAGGAAAUAACUGUGAAUCCGGCUGAAGGACAAAAAUACUUCAUAAUUACGAGGUAUUUCGGAAAAUCUUUAGAUGAAAUCGCAAAUAAUAUCUGUGAUAAUGAAGCACAUAUAAAAAGUGUACUUUUGGGUACUUGUAAAGCUGUAGAGUGGUGUCAUAAUAAAGGUGUAGUACAUAUGGAUUUGAAUCCUUCUAAUAUUAUAUGUAAGGAUCAAAAGAUUCACAAAAUACAAUUAUGUGACUUUGAAUAUUCAAAAAAUGCUGGUGAUAAUAUUCACUCCGAUAAAUAUAAUCAGCCAUUACAAUUAGGGUUUACAUCACCAGAACUACUCUUUUUUCAACAAAUCGUAUCAUCAUCAGCGUCACAUUCAUCAUACUCACCUUCAUACUCUUCUACUACCUCUUCCACGUAUUAUACUACUAAAGAUCACCCAGAAACUUUAUUAGUAAAACAAAGUAUAGAUAUUUUUAGUUUAGGUUGUAUAUUUUAUUUUUUGAAUAAAACCCAUUUAUUGUAUAAUUCCGAGAAACAAUUAGAACAAUUAAAUUUAACUAAAGUUUGCGAAGAUAUUGACGAUGAGCAGGUCUCUAUUUUAGUUAAGUGUAUGAUAGCUGAAAACGAUAGCAAAAGACCCAGUAUUACACAAAUAUUAGAAAAUCCAUACCUUAAGAAUUAAUGUAUUUUUUGUACAUUUAUUUAUUUAUUUUUUAUAAAAGAGUGAUAAAUAUAAUUCAUAGAAUAAUUAUUCAAAAGUAAUUACUUUUACAUUCUAUCUAAUUCAGAAAAAUUUAACGAGUUAAGUUUCAAUUUAUUGAAGAGUAAUAUAUAUUGAUAAUCAAAAGUGUGAUAUAUAGGUAGGGAUGGGAAAUUCCACGAAGAAGUGACUCAAGCACGGUUUUGGAGUCGGCUUACGGUCUCAGCUCGGUUCAGUUUCAGGCUGACUUAAACCGACUUGAACCGACUUGAGUUGACUUGAACCUUUCACUUGUUGCAACUUACAAUUCCAUAAUUAGAAUAAAAUAAAAUUAAAAUUUGAACGUGAUAUGAUCGUCAAAUACCAUGUUAUGAAUAAAAAAAGCAAUAAAAG